UGGGGGUCUCUAGCUCCAAAUGUACUUGCUUSCUGGGAUGCGGCGUGAUGUUUGAGUCGUAACGAAGGAGGAAAAAAAAAAAAAACAAGGCGCUUCUUCUUCGCGUCAUUCAAACAGGACUGCUUUUCUCUCUGUUGCUUUAGUUAAUAACAGCGGCGUUUGACGAGAGCCAGCAGGACGAGAGGCGGUGUGUGUGUCUGCCGACAGCACAGGAAUAUUUAACCUUUUUUAUAUAUAUAUUUUUUUCUUUAAUGAAGUAAUAUUUACUCCGCUUGUUGUCGCCUUACCUCUGCGCCAUGGUGAACUUCUCCUCGGACGGUCACGUGCGAAGGUCUCCGCGAGCAUAGAGAGAGAGAGAGAGGACGUCUCACCUGGUGUGUCCCCUUUGACUUUACCGGGAGGGAAAUAAAAACAAACCAGCCUUUUUGUGUGUGUUUGUGGUGAGCUGACAUCGCUGGACCCCACCCUGUGACGAACAACAACGGCAAGUUUUCUCCCUCAGGAAUGAAAUAUGCCCACUCUGUGCCCGUAGAAAAAAGAAGACGACACUCAGCGUGAGGCGCAAAGUGGUUUUAAAUCAUGAUGAUGCAGGAGUCGGCCACAGAGACAAUAAGCAACAGUUCAAUGAGUCAAAAUGGAAUGAGCACCCUAAGCAGCAGCCAAUUAGAGGCUGGCAGUAGAGAUGGGAGAUCAAGCGCUGGUGACACAAGCAGCGAAGUAAGCACAGUCGAGCUGCUGCAUCUGCAACAACAGCAGGCUCUACAAGCGGCGAGGCAAUUACUCUUGCAGCAGCCAGGCUGUGGCCUGAAAUCUCCAAAGAGCCAGGACAAGCAGCGUCCACUGCAGGUUCCAGUGUCAGUGGCCAUGAUGAGUCCCCAGGUGAUCACGCCACAGCAGAUGCAGCAGAUCCUCCAGCAGCAGGUGCUCUCCCCGCAGCAGCUCCAGGCCCUGCUCCAGCAGCAGCAGGCUGUGAUGUUACAGCAGCAACACCUGCAGGAGUUUUACAAGAAACAGCAGGAGCAGCUUCAUCUGCAGCUUCUCCAGCAGCAGCAUCCUGGCAAGCAGGCUAAAGAGCAACAACAGCAACAACAGCAGCAACAGCAGCUGGCCGCCCAGCAGCUCGUCUUCCAGCAGCAGCUCCUGCAGAUGCAGCAGCUCCAACAGCAGCAGCACCUGCUCAACAUGCAGCGGCAGGGCCUGCUCUCGCUGCCAGGGCCCGCYCCGGGCCAGGCUGCCCUGCCCGGACAGACCCUACCCCCACCAGGUGGUUUGAGUCCCGCAGAACUCCAGCAGUUGUGGAAAGACGUGACCGGAGGAGGCGGCGGCCACGCCAUCGAGGACAACGGCAUCAAGCACAGCAACAGUGGCCCCGGCACCGGUGUGGGUGGCGGCGGUUUGGACCUCUCCACCAACAACUCCUCUACAACUACCUCCUCCUCCUCCAAUCCCGCCAAAACAUCGCCGCCCAUCACUCACCACUCCAUCACCAACGGACAGUCGCCYGCCCUCAACCACAGAAGAGAGCGCGAAAGGGAGAGGGAGCGAGAAAGUUCACUACACGAAGAAGUCGGUGGAACCCACCCWCUGUACGGUCAUGGUGUGUGCAAGUGGCCUGGCUGUGAGACCAUGUGCGAAGACUUCGGACAGUUUUUGAAGCACCUAAGCAGCGAGCACGCCCUCGAUGACCGGAGCACAGCUCAGUGUCGAGUCCAGAUGCAGGUCGUUCAGCAGCUUGAAAUACAACUUUCUAAAGAGCGAGAGCGUCUUCAGGCGAUGAUGACCCACUUGCACAUGCGGCCCUCAGAACCCAAGUCAUCUCCCAAACCACUCAACUUGGUGUCCAGCGUCACCAUGUCCAAGAACCUGCCCUCAGCGUCGCCCCCCAACUUACCUCAGACCCCCACCACGCCCACGGCCCCCAUCACACCCAUGGCUGCCAUGCCACAGGUGCCGUCAGUACUGGGCGGAGCCAACGUCCCCAGCAUGGGAGCCAUGCGCCGACGCCACUCGGACAAAUACUCCAUGCCUUUGUCGUCGGGUGGUGACACAGUAUUUAUUUUUCCAGAGAUUGCCCCAAACUACGAGUUUUAUAAGAACGCAGAUGUCAGACCACCGUUUACUUAUGCAACCCUCAUAAGACAGGCCAUCAUGGACUCUGCCGACAUGCAGUUAACGCUUAACGAAAUCUACAGCUGGUUCACGCGCACGUUCGCCUACUUCAGACGCAACGCCGCAACUUGGAAGAACGCCGUUCGCCACAACCUCAGCCUGCACAAGUGCUUCGUGCGCGUGGAGAACGUGAAGGGGGCGGUGUGGACGGUAGAUGAGAUGGAGUACCAGAAACGCAGGUCGCAGAAGAUCACAGGAAGCCCGUCUCUUGUCAAGAACCUGCCCUCCAGUCUUGGUUAUGGAACUGCACUAAACGCCAGCUUACAGGCCGCCUUGGCGGAGACCUCCCUGCCUCUGCUGGGGACCCCCGGGCUCAUGAGCAGCGCCGCGGGCCCGAUGGGAGGCAACUGCCACGGCCUCCUGGGCGGAGACCCGUCCGUACCGACCGGAGGGAGCCCGCCUGGACUUUUGGGCGGCAGUCCGCCCGGCUUGCUGGGCAUCAGCCCUCCCGGUACGCUCAGCGGCAGCCCCCCCAUCAUGUUGCACUCGGCCCACGACGAGCUCAACGGCUCACUCGACCACCUGGACACCAACGGACACAGCAGCCCCGGAUACUCCCCUCCUGUACACAUGCCACCUGUUCAUGUGAAGGAGGAGCCGCUUAAUAUGGAUGACGACGACUGUCCGAUGUCACUUGUGACGACAGCCAAUCACAGUCCGGAGCUGGAGGACGACCGGGAGCUGGAGGAAGGGAACCUAUCAGAAGACCUGGAGUGAGGGGAAAAAGACAGCUUUUUUCUUUUCUUUUUUUUCUUUUUUUUUUUCUUUUUUGGGGUCGUUUCCCUUCAAACCAACCGCACUGUUUCUCUCACACAGACCUGCAAAACUAAAAAAAAUCACUCCAAAAAAAAAAAACAACCACAGCUCUUUAUCUGUCACCACUGGGACUAUUUAUUGAGCAUGUAUCCGGAUAGAGACCAAUCCAAAGGAACUCUUUGUUGCAGAGCUUUGGGAUUCCCAAACAUGACAGACAUGAGAUGUCUGUCGUAAAGGAAACAAAAGAAGAAACUCUCUGAGACCUGCUAUAUUUGAGGUGGCGUGGCCACGUAACAGUACAAGGACGAUGAACUCAUGGAUCGUUGGGGGGUACAAACAUGAGACAAAUAAGCAAAUCAUGUUCUGUUGAAAGCUAGCGGCCUCAUAUACUGCCAAAAAGGAAGACAUUUUAUGUUUGUGAAUAAUCCAACCCACAGUAGUUGUUAUUGUCUAGAGACAAUUGCUGGUUCAAUUCAAGUUGUUGCUCUGUUAUCAUUUGCACAGGAGUAGUCUCAGAAAAUUGUGUCACUGCCUGUAUGUUGCUAUUAUUAUUAUUAUUAAUAUUAUUAAAAUCAGUGUAUCAAUUUUAGCUUUUUUUUAUUUUUCAUUCCCAAAUAUGAUUUCUAUUUUUAGACACCACCAACUGUAAAUGCCAUUCCCCGAAUCACACCAGUAACCAAAUUGCGAUACCAAGACUGUUGCAACUGUCCAAAUAACAAAACAAAACAAA